CAAAACAGCUUCGCUAGCGAUGGAUUCUCCAGCACGGUGGUCCGUAUGGCUUGAUGAGGCUAGCUGCUGUUAAUGAUGUUUGUAGAGUGACUGUCGAUGAUGGUCACACAAUGGCAAAAACACGACCCAGUUCCUCCGAGUCUCUGACUGAGUCCCCUGAAAGCAUGGGAAGCACUGACAGGGGUGUGGAUGCAUCCCCUCCCUGUGGUUCCAAUGUGCUGAGUCCCUCAAAAACAGGAUAUUCUAAGAGGGAUUUUAUGAUGAGGCUUCCAGAGGAAAAGCUCAAACACUUUGACAGCCGAGCUCAGGCCCACGAAGACAACCAAGAGUGUGAUGCCUGCAUCCAGGACCUGGUGCGUUGUGUGGCUCUGACUAGGCUGGUAUAUGGGGACGGACAUCUGAAACUAGCCCAGGCCCAUGUCAGACUGGCAAAAGCAUAUUUCCAGCUCAAAGGCUGGGGACUGCAGGCCCAGGAGCACUCUGCCCAGGCCAGAGAGCUGCUGUCUGUCUGCUCCUCCAUCUCCUCCGGCAGAGGGGAAAAGCAUGAGUUUCUAACAUGUCUCCUGAGCGUACACCUCACACGGGGAGGUGCUGCACUGCUUACAGCCAAUCUUGAGGAGGCGGAAUCGUCUUUUCUGGAGGCAGAACAAGUUCUUAAGGAGCUUCCUCAACAUGGUGCCAUCAACCAGGAAGAGAUGAUAAAGACUGAGCUGGAAAUCUCCACUGGCCUAUGCAGGAUCUAUAAGAGACAGAGCAGGCCAGACAAAGCCUUAAGCCAGUGUGAGAGGUCUCUGCAGCUGCUUAAGGACUGUGAUACGCCAGAGAAGACCUGCUCUGUCUAUAGGGACAUGGCCGCCAUUGAACAGGACAGAGGUCAUUUGGACCGAGCCAUAGAGCAUCUCUCCAAGGCUCAUGCCAUUUCUAUGAGCCACAGCCCGGAGGAGCUCGAGGGGGCUCAGAUCUCCCACAGCCUGGCCCUCAUCCUCUCUGCUGCAGCAGAACCCCAUCACAAUGACUCUGCAGAUCAAUACUUUGAGCAGAGUCUUAGGGCAUAUAAGAACUCUGUAGGUCCACAGGAUCCAGCCUUCCUCACUGCCCAGGAUGAUUUCUGUCGUUUCCUCCUCCUCAAUGGCCAGCAAGAGAGAUGUGUGGAGAUUCAGAGAGCAUCACUUAUUUUGAAGAGAUCUACAUUUGGUGACCUGAGUGCUGAGGUAGCAGACACCCUUCAGCUGAUAGGAAGUGUGGAGAUGACUGAGGGCAGGAUGAUACAGGCCCACAGGACUAUGACAAAGGAAAACUGGCUCAUGCAGUAAAAACCCCUCAAAACAAACAUCGAGAACAAUGACACACACACACACAGACUCCCACUUCACAUUUCCCCCUUCCUCUGUAGUGCUCCUGAAAAAAAACACCUUCCAUUACAUCAACCUUAGCAACAGUGAAAACAUCCAUGAGACCAGAUGGAUAUGUUCCAGAUUACCGAGUGUUUUACUUUCCCUGGUGAGGAGGGAAACUUUCGCUCCCUCUGUCCCUGAUUUAACAAAGUUCUCACAUUGUAAUCUUUACAUCUUGUUAUUUAUGAUGAUUUCAGAAAUCACAGGCAGGUUUGUAUCAUGUCUGUUGUGUCACCAUGGGAACUCUGUAAUCAUAUACAUGUGUUUGUAGUUAAAAAUUUAGACUUUUCUGUUUUUUGUUAAAUUAUGUAACAUUUUCUGAUGUCAUAGAGCUACGUAGUGAUUGCUCAUUCCUCUCAUUUGAUUGGACCAAACUAAAUGUAAAGUUGAAAACAACUCAGCUGCGUCUUGAAUUUGUUGAGUUAACCACUUCAGAUUCCUUGGUUGCUGGUUUAGAGUACUUGUAAUAAAUCUAGCAGAUCCCCCUUGUUGACCUGACACUCGGAGUGGUCAGCACAGGUGUUAUCUAAACCUUGGACUGCUACAGUGGUUAUUUUGGGAUGUUUAGUGCAUUCACGUGUUGCUAGGAAGUGUUUAUUCCCCCCUGAGUAUGAGUUGCACCUCUCAUCUUCCACCAACCACUCACUGCCAUUAUUUUUAUUUUUAAUUUUAGUGCCUGGAAAUCCAGAAUUGGAUGUAUGGGCCUCAGCACAAGAAGACAAAAGCUACACAAAAAGCUGUGGACAUGCUGGCUCGGUAAAUCUGCAGAACUAAAUUGCCAAUUGACAGGUUUUACUAAAUGUUAGAAUGAUUUGACAUUUGAUUUGAAAAAAAAACAAAAAACAGAUUUAUGUAACAAUUCAGCCCACGUUCCAGUGAUGUAACCAA